CACUUGUCGUUUCGAUUAAAUCUCGGUCAACUCAUCUGUUCAGAACAUACGAAUGCGUAAGCUAGUCGUACACUGUCGUAUCAUCAUUUCCUACCUUACGAAUACGAUAUGGGCAGAUCUAAACCAACGGGAAAGUCUUCACGCGGCUUUUCCUCCAAGUCGGCACAACAAGAACAAGGACCAUCAAUCUCUCCCCCUUAUAGUUUUCUCUUUGUCGUCGAUGAGCUACCUAUAAACGACUCUAGCGAAAUUCCACCUAGACUGGAUGAAAAUGGGCGCUGGUGUCCACCGAUUUACAGGGACGGGUUCUCUCCUCCACAUCCAGGACAUCUAUACAGGUGGAGAAAUGGCGUGGUCAGCGCAAUAGGUCAACCGAACAUCCAGCUCACUCCUUAUGAAACUACGACGGUAUUCUGGUGUAAUCCAUUUAAUCAGUUCUUUACUGCAAUAGAAGAUGUCAGUACGUUCGAUAUGGCCACCGCUCAGUCCCCCUGUGAUCGUUGGUACCCUCUAGCAUUUGAGCAUGAGGGAAACUUGUCUCUAGUCCAGUUCGUUGCCGAUCAAGAAUACCUCGCUAGUACAGGAGCUGGUGCAGAACCUGGCUGGAUCCAUAGAUUGGGGCUAGAUUCGUACAGAUGCCCAUAUGAGCCAUAUCCUGGUGCACCUAGGGCUCGGGGCCUUGGUGGAGACCUCUCCAUCUUGAUAGCCCUGAUAUCAUUCAGUUGCUCAUUUAACAACCUGGACCGCGCUCUGUUAGAGGAAAGAGCAUGGCAUGAUUAUCGUUGGAGAGGCCACAGCCAUCACCAUGGGCGACGUCCUGAGAGAGGUGUUGUCGCCAGGAUCUAUCUUGACCCCGACAAUCAUGGUUCUACGGAGGAAAGAUUACGAGAACUUGAAAGGUUUCCGAACGGACUCAUUAAAUGAAGGAGAGAACACUUGGCAUCCAGUUAUCCCAUCGCCUAUCACUUCGCCGUGAUACCUUGAGCAUCAUCACCACCUUUGAAAGGAAUUUCAAACUUGUUUUAGGUUUAUUCGAUUCUU